CAUUGUUUUUCUCCAAUCACACCAUUAUAUAAAUCCCACCCACUUCCUCCCAUUCUUUCGUAGUUUUUGUGAGCUUCAAGUUAAAUAGUGAACCAAACUUUACAAUUAUUUUCUCUCCACAAAGAAAAAACAUCCUAAGAAAAGAGAAAGAAAAUGGAUGGAAAGAGCAAAACAUAUGUAGCAAUUGUAGUAAUACAAACCAUAUAUACCGGGAUGUUCUUGCUUUCAAAAGUUGCGUUUGAUGUUGGAAUGAAUCCUUUUGUUUUUGUCUUCUAUAGACAAGCUACUGCUGCUGUCUUCUUAGCUCCUAUAGCCAUGUUUCUUGAAAGGAAAACAGCACCACCAAUCUCACUCUUGAUCUGCUUCAAGAUUUUCAUGCUCUCUCUAUGUGGGGUUACACUGAGCUUGAAUAUCUAUGGAGUGGCACUUAAAUACACUUCUGCAACUUUGGCUGCUGCAACUACUAACAGCCUUCCAGUUACUACUUUUAUCCUUGCAAUUUUACUUAGGAUGGAGACAGCAAAAAUAAGGACAGGGGCAGGAAUUGCAAAGGUUAUGGGCAUAGUGUUUUGUGCAGGAGGAGCUUUGACCAUAGCAUUCUUUAAGGGACCAACUAUGAAACUUUUGUUGCAUCAUCAUCUAUUCAGCUAUCACGGGCAAGUACAAAACAAUGCUGCUUCAGGCAAUACAUGGAUCAAGGGUGUCUUCCUUAUGUUGUUUUCUAAUACAUUAUGGGCUACUUGGCUUGUCAUGCAGAACCGAGUUCUGAAGAGUUACCCAUCAAAGCUACUAUGUACAACUCUGCAAUGCUUCAUGAGCACAAUUCAAUCAUUUAUUUUUGCCAUAACUUUUGCAAGAGAUCCUUCUGAAUGGAGACUUGGGUGGAAUGUUAGACUUCUCUCUGUUGCCUAUUGUGGAAUAGUGGUGACUGGAAUUACAUUUUACUUACAAGCAUGGCUUGUUGAGAAGAAAGGUCCAGUUUAUAUGGCCAUGACUACACCCUUGGCCUUAGUUUUUACAAUUGCUUCUUCUGCUGUGCUUUUCGGAGAGGUUAUUAGUUUGGGAAGCAUUUUAGGAGGGAUUUUGCUGGUUGGUGGUCUAUACAGUGUACUCUGGGGAAAAUCUAAAGAGCAAAAUAUGGCAACUUCAAAUAAUGGAGAUAUUGAAAAGGCAGAGAAUGGAUCAAAGGAACAAUCAAUUUUGGAGAAGCAAUCCUCAACACCAAAUGCUCGAAUUCAACAUGCUUGUUCUCCAGCUUAAUUAGAGAUUUCGAGAACAAAAAAUAUUAAUGCAUGUUCACCGAUUAAAAUAACUUAUUAUUUAUUCACAUAAUAAAAGAAUUAUUAUUCGUAUCAUAUGUACUGUUCCACACGCAAGAAAGAAUCCUUUUGGCAAGGAGGAUUAAGGGGCUUUACAAUUAGCAUAAGAUUAUAGCUUUUAGGAUAAUCUAGAUUCACUAAUUGAGUUCUUAAUUAUGUUGUAUUGUGAGAACUAGCUAUUAUUAAUGACUAAUAAUAAAAGCUAAGUAGUACGUUAAA